AUGCCACUGAGCAAUCUGGAGGACCAGUUGGACCGACUCGUCGCACAGUUGGCUGAUCUCGAAGAAUGCAAGGCUGACUUAGACUCAGAUGAAUAUGAAGAGACCAAAAGGGAAACAUUGGAACAAUUGGAAGAAUUUAGUCAAUCAUUAUCUGCCAUGAAAUCCGGGAAUAUGACUCUAAUCGAUGAGCUCAAUGCAAUGCAAUUGGCAAUACAAGCGGCUAUUAGUCAGGCCUUUCAUACGCCAGAAGUGAUCCGAUUGUUUGCGAAACGCCAACCUGGACAACUCAGGAUCAGAUUGGCUCAGAUCGAAAGGGAUUCAAAGAUUGGCAAACUUUCGUUUGAGGUGUACGUCCAGCAAAAGGUGGAGAUAUUGAUAGCACUGCGAAAAUUAGGCGAUGACUUACAACCGGAUGAAUUGAAUUUUCUGCAAAACAACGCCUCCGACGCUCUCAAAGAGUUUGAAAGAGUGACUGACGAACAAAUCAAAAACGAAGUGAUCGCCUCUCAACUCAACAAAAGCGGUUCCAAAACAUAAUCUUCUUUUGCUUCACAUAAGCUUUUAUUUAAUUAAGUUUUUUACGUUUUCAUUAAUUAGUUAUCGAUUACGAGCUAUUUUUUUGUUAAUUUUGUUUAAAUUUAUUUAUCAAAGAAAUGCUUAAAAGUCAGA